CCAGGUCACCUGACCUUAGAUAAGGGGAAGAACAAAUAUGUGGUUCAUGUCUAAGAUUUAUGCUAAAGCUAUUGUUGGUCAUCAGGAGGAAUUGGAGAAGUGAAUAAUUUUAAUUUCACAAGAAACAGGAAGAAACAGGAAGUUUCACUGCUGAGUCAAACCACGAGAAACAGGAAUAAUCACAGUUCAUGUUUACGCACAAACAACAACAGCCAUUAGAUUUGUGCUGGUUUACUGUUUACUUCUUUUUAUCAAUUAAAAUCAUUCAAGUUAAAAACCUUUUAGUUAUACAACCCCAGCUCCAAAAAUGUUGUUCCCAAAUCAAACAGACGGUGAAAGACCAUUAGAGGAAAAUAUUCUGGAUUUGAUGGCAGCAACAAACUCCCGUCUUCUUUGCACCACCAGAGAUGCAGUGGUCUGUCUCCUCUUUAGUCCACGUCUCAGUUAUGUUCACAUCAAAGCUUCCAUCAAAAGUGUUUUUUUUAAACACCAAACAAAGCUGAAUUUGUCCCGUAGCAGCCCUCAGCUCAUGUGUUUCAUCAUGUUUCUCGAUGGGGACUGUGCUUCCUUCCAGCUGUUGGCCAUGAGUCUGUCUCUCCUCCUGCUGCUCGCCGUCCUCGUGGAUGUGACCCAUACUAAAGCUGGUUCAGAUUUUAGGAUCUGUGCCUUCAACACACAACACUUUGGUGAAUCCAAGUCGAAGAAGAGUGACGUUAUGGGGACUCUUGCCAGGAUCAUCACACGCUGUGAUGUGUGUUUGCUCCAGGAAGUGAGAGACAGUAGAGGAAAAGCUUUACCACUGCUGCUCGACUCCCUAAAACGGUUUGACACCAAGUAUAAAUAUGAGACUGUGGCCAGUGAGAGACUGGGCAGGUCUGAGACAUACCAGGAGCAGUACGUGUUUGUGUACAGGAAGGAGACGGUGAGGGUCACGGACCAGUAUCAGUACCCUGAUAAUAAACCAGGAGACGUCGACGCUUUCUCCAGAGAGCCGUUUGCUGUCCGCUUCAGAGCGGACCGCACAGCUAUAAAGGAGUUUGUUCUCAUACCUCAGCACACCACGCCCUCCAACACCACCAAGGAGCUCGAUGCCCUCUAUGAUGUUCUACAGCAUGUGAGAAACAUGUGGAAAACUGAGAAUGUGAUGCUUCUUGGAGACUUUAAUGCGGGCUGUGGCUACCUCGCUAAGAAGAACAGGAAGAAUGUGCGCCUAAUCACAGACACGAAUCUUAUUUGGCUCAUCCCAGACGACGCUGACACCACCGUGCGAGCGACCACAUCCUGCCCCUACGACAGGAUUGUUGUGAAUGGGGAAACCUUUCACAGAGCCAUCGUGCCUGCUUCAGCCAAACCAUUUAACUUUCAAGAGCAAUACGGACUGACGGAGGAGCAGGCGCUGGAUGUCAGCGACCAUUACCCGGUAGAGGUCCUGCUAAAGGUCAAGGAUUCCAGAGCCUUUCUUGGGGGCUCAUCUAUUACCAGUGGAAACCAGUUUAUGACUUUGUUUGUCCUAAGCCAUGUUGCCUUUCAAAUAUUGACAAGCCUUUAGUGCGACAGGACAGAAAGACGAGGAGUAAGACAUGCUGCUCACGGCUGCAGGCUCGAUUCAAACACAGGCCUAAAGGCCGUAAACUUUAGUGUGUUCCCAGGAUGAGCAGGGGAGUUUCUAAAUACGAUCGAGGACACGCUAACCUCCUUUCCUUUCUUGUUUCUGAUUGGACAGCCAAAUUGGACUUUUCUGCUCCUGCACACACUAUUAAACUAUCAUUGAUUCCCA